GCAUACCAAAUUACCAAUAGACCACAAGAUCUCUGAUAUGAAGGGUACUCCCACCUAUAAAAAAGUCCUAGCUGGUCGACCAUCUCUGUUCUCCAAAAACUUAAUUAAAAAAAAAACCAUCUCGAAUCUCGAACGUCUCACGAUAUCUCUCCUCUUCCGCAGCUUCAAUGCAGAUUCAUCUCAAACACAGAGCUUCGUUCUCAUGGACUCUGUAAUUAUUGUAAAUCCAUCGUACAGAGCUUUCAAAUUUAAUCUCUCCAACCCAAGCACUAAUUACUUUUGUAACAAUUCCUUUUAUUUUUUCAAAUUCAAUAAUUCAAAGAGACCCAAAACCUCUUCAAUUUCUGUUUCAUACACUCAUCAUUCAAAUCCCCGAAAACCCAAUUCACAAUGGGGGAAAUACAGCUUACCCAACAAAUCCUUUCCAAUCCUAGUUUCAAUUUUACGGAGCUUCAAAUUUCUGGCUCAGAAAACUUCAAAAUACAAAUGGGUCACCGUUCUUCGAGGUUAUAUUUGCUCAGAGACUAUACCAUUUCAUGGUAAAUAUCUACAAAGUGGAGGAUUUGGGAUGGCAGUUUUUAGUGUGACAUCGACGACAAAGGUCCGGAUUAGCCCAUUCGUGGCCACAUUGGUUGCGAAUCCGACGCUUAUGUCGGGUUUGUUUGCUUGGAUCGCAGCACAAUCGAUGAAGGUGUUCUUGAAUUUUUGUGUGGAGCGAAAAUGGGACUUGAGGAUUUUGUUUGCGUCUGGAGGGAUGCCUUCGUCGCAUUCGGCUUUGUGUACUGCUUUGACUACUUCAGUGGCUAUAUGUCAUGGAGUAGCAGACUCUUUAUUUCCUGUGUGUUUGGGGUUUACUUUGAUUGUAAUGUAUGAUGCUAUCGGGGUUCGAAGGCAUGCUGGCAUGCAAGCUGAGGUAAUUGUUUUUAUAGUUUGUAGAUAG